CAGACGCAACUCGAUACAAUCGAGAAUCAUCUACCGCAACACGAGACGCGGCUUCGAAGAAGGUUCGCGCCAGGGGAAACAGGGGACCAAAGUCAGCUUUGUUGUUGUCGGAAGCUUAGCACACAAGCAGCCCUAAUCAACCGUCACAAUGUCCUCGACGUCCUCGCAAUCCGGCACCGCCGGCGCGGCGGUCAACGAUAAGCUGCAUUCCAACCUCCCGGCCGCCGUCGCCCAGAAGCUCCCUCACGUCCCGGAGAGCAAGGAGGAACUCAAGGCCGAACUCAAGGCCGAGGCCAGGGCCGCCGCGUCGACGGGCCUGUCACAGCUCCGGUCCUUCAUCGCCGGUGGCUUCGGCGGCGUCUGCGCCGUCAUCGUCGGCCACCCCUUCGACCUGGUCAAGGUGCGCCUGCAGACGGCCGAGAAGGGCGUUUAUUCGAGCGCCAUGGACGUGGUCCGCAAGAGCGUGGCCAAGGACGGUCUGCGGCGGGGCUUGUACGCCGGCGUCUCCGCGCCCCUGGUCGGCGUUACACCAAUGUUCGCCGUCUCGUUCUGGGGCUACGACCUCGGCAAGACCAUCGUCCGCGCCACGAGCACCGUCGCCCCCGACGGCUCGCUCUCCAUCGCGCAAACCUCGGCCGCCGGCUUCUUCUCCGCCAUCCCCAUGACCGCCAUCACGGCGCCCUUUGAGCGCGUCAAGGUGAUCCUCCAGGUGCAGGGCCAGAAGAAGCUCGCGCCGGGCGAGAAGCCCAAGUACUCGGGCGGCAUCGACGUCGUCCGCCAGCUGUACCGCGAGGGCGGCGUCCGCUCCGUCUUCCGCGGCUCCGCCGCCACCCUCGCCCGCGACGGGCCCGGCUCCGCCGCCUACUUCGCCGCCUACGAGUACAUCAAGAGGCUGCUGACCCCGCGCGACCCCGCCACCGGCCAGCCGAGCGGCAAGCUCAGCCUGACCGCCAUCACCUGCGCCGGCGCCGCCGCCGGCGUCGCCAUGUGGAUCCCCGUCUUCCCUGUCGAUACCGUCAAGAGCAGGCUGCAGACCGCCGAGGGUAACGUGACCGUCGCCAGCGUCGUGAGGGGCCUCUACGCCCAGGGCGGCCUCAAGGCCUUCUUCCCCGGCUUCGGCCCCGCCCUCGCCAGGGCGGUGCCGGCCAACGCGGCCACGUUCCUGGGCGUCGAGUUGGCGCACCAGGCCAUGAACAAGAUUUUCUAGAAAGACGGAGAGAGUGUGUGAAGAGUGGGAGGUUGGGGAGGUGCUUGUGACUCGGAUAGACUUGGCAUCUCCUGUUUUUUUUCCCGUCGGUUGACGUGUUUUUCUUUUUCUUUGCUGUUUCGGGUCUCGCGGGUUGGCUUAUUCCUGUCAUGGAUACCUCGUUCUGCGAACUUUGCAUGCCUUACUUAGAAGAAAAAGCGGGCGGAGUUUGGGGUUCACAUUCAGCAUUAGAUUCCAAUCGAUUCUACUUCUGCUGUCAUUCUGCUCUCCGU